CACCUUUCUGGUAUGCACCUCUGACGCGAAAUAGUAUUCAUCCAGGACCACAACAUGUUCGACAGGUGAAAUACAGAUAUUACUGAAAAACGAAAGCCUCUACGAGAAUCGUAUUCGAGAGCUUUCAACGAAUUUGGGUGUUUUCCAAACAGCUUACUCUGCUAUGGAAGACCGCCUUCGAAGACAAGCGGAAGAGAAAAACGAAUUGAUACACGAGUUGAACGUCUUAAAAGGCCUGGAAAAACGAGUUAUAUGUUUGCUUGACGGCGACGGAAUGAUCUUCACGCAGGAGUUGAUGAGCCAAGGCCAGGAAGGUGGCCUAGCUGCUGCGAGAAAACUGACCGAACGCGUUCGCCAAUUCAUAUCCACCAGUGAAGGAUUUGAACAAUACCAACUUUGGGUAUAUCUCUUCUACAACAAACGCGGCCUUCUGGAAACGUUUGGCCGAGUGGGUCUGACAACGGCCAGAACCAAGUUUGAUGACUUCAUGAUGGGCUUCAAUCAAGCUGCUGAGCGAUUUAUCAUGGUCGACGUAGGGGGUAGUAAAGAAGCCGCUGAUGCAAAGCUUAAAGUUCAUCUUGAAGAUAACAUCCGUCUCCCACACACUUACAAAAUAUUCUUUGGUGGAUGUCAUGACAAUGGUUAUGUGCAUAACCUUCGUUCUGUCGUCACCUCAAGCCUUGGUCAUAAGCUUGUUCUCAUGCCUGGUUAUUCUGACGUAGCGCUUGAUAUCAGGGCGCUUCAGCUACCUGAGCUCAGAAUACCCGAGUUGUUUAUGACGACUAAACUCGUGGCACCGUCUUAUAAUAUCAUUGCGACUGGUCCCCCGCCCGGGCUGGCGCCUACUACUCCGAAAUUGAGUAAUGCAGCACCAGUCUGUCCUCCUACUACUCCGCCUGGUAUUGCCUCUUUUUCUGGGGAAGUUCAAGGAGCAAUGGCUCGACGCGGAAGUAUCCCGAGUUAUAAAUCAGUGUUGCAAACACCACAAACGAUGGCGGCACGGUUUAGCUGUCCAGCAAUAGAGCCAAGUGAGGGUAGUAGUGAGUCCAGCGAAGCAAGCGAGAUUCCGCUUCGCUUCCCGCGAUUGACCCCUCCUUCUCCACCGAAGCAACGACGUAUCAAUAACCAACUGCUUUUGUCUAAGCAUGUUCCACCUCCGUGCACUUUAUUCUACUUGGCACAAUGCAGGCACGGUUCAAGUUGCAAAUAUUCGCAUGAGUAUAUCUUGGAAGCAGAACACUAUCAAGAACUCGGAGAGAAUGCAAAGAAGACGCCUUGUAAGGUCACGAACGAAGGUGGAGACUGUCCAUUUGGGGAUGACUGUGUUUAUGGACAUUCGUGCCCCAAUGGAACAACUUGUUAUUACCUGAAGUUAGGAAAAUGCAAAUUCAUCGCUGCGGGAAUGCACCGCCAGCCGAACAACUGAAUUAACAUGCACCUUCGAUUUUAUUAUAUGAUAAAGUUUCUUGUUAUGACCAUUCGAGGCUGUCCUGCCGGAGAUGGGUUCG